UCCUCCCCUCCCUCUGCAGAGUUGGGAGCUCUCCCUUUCUGCGGCCAGCUCGCCUUGACAGCCAAAACUGGCGCAGAGUCUGGGCUCAAACCUUUUCCACAUAGAUAUAUUUUUUUCUUGCCAUAUAGCGACAGUUCAUAGCCACACUUUCCGCACAUCCUCCGGACGCACGCGUAGGAGCGGCCUCGUCUAGAAUGGGGAACCGAGACGAUGAAUACGAUUUCUUGUUCAAAGUUGUGUUAAUUGGCGACUCGGGCGUGGGGAAGAGCAACCUGCUGUCUCGAUUCACACGCAACGAGUUCAACCUCGAGAGCAAGAGCACUAUUGGGGUGGAGUUCGCCACGCGCAGCAUUCAGGUGGAUGGCAAGACGAUAAAGGCUCAGAUCUGGGAUACAGCGGGGCAGGAACGCUACAGAGCCAUCACCUCGGCAUACUACAGAGGCGCGGUGGGCGCACUGCUAGUGUACGACAUAGCCAAACACCUGACCUAUGAGAAUGUGGAGCGCUGGCUGAAGGAGCUGAGGGACCAUGCUGACAACAACAUCGUCAUCAUGCUGGUCGGAAACAAGAGCGACCUGCGCCACCUCAGGGCCGUGCCCACGGAUGAAGCUCGCGCCUUUGCAGAGAAGAACAAUCUGUCAUUCAUAGAAACUUCAGCCUUGGACUCAACAAAUGUUGAAGAAGCCUUCAAGAAUAUCCUUACAGAAAUAUACCGCAUCGUAUCGCAGAAACAGAUCGCCGAGCGGUCUGCUCACGACGAGUCUCCGGGAAACAACGUGGUGGACAUCAGCGUGCCACCCACCACGGACGGCCAGAGGGGGAGCAAACUGCAGUGCUGUCAGAACCUGUAACCAACGGCAACCGCCUCUCCUCACCUGGGUCAAUUAUUAAUUGAAAUCCGCAGUGUUGAUAUGCUUCCAUCUGCUCGAGGUGCAGCGUUGCCUGAAUCUGCACUUUUCAGACCGGUGGAGUCGUUUCCAUUAUGCCACAAACGAUCCAGUCCCAGAGAGAAGCGUUUGAAUCGAUUUCACGUUGUAAUCUGACCCAGGUUCAGUCUGCUACAUCCAAGGGCAAAAACAGGACUGGUGCCACCACGUAAGCAGCUGCCACAGUUAACCACGAUAGUGUAGCAGAAAAGCCUUGCCUGAGAAUGUGUAAGCCUAGUUUUUUGCUCUUAUAAAUGGUUGUUACCACAUGCAGGAGGUCCUGGGUAUCAAAGCCUGCUUGUUUGAGUCGUAUCGGCAGUCCUGUUUUUGGGCCUCUCUCCUCCUCGUUCAGUCAUCAUCUCAAAAAGUGGUUGUGACGCUGCUGACGCUUAUUUCAUUUUGUGUAAAAUAUAUUCUUUUUUUUUUUUUGUUUGAUUUUGAUAGCUUGUCUGCUCACAUACAUUAUAUUAAUGCCAUGAAUUAAAUUUUACAGUAUUA